AUGCCCGCAAUUGAGUUCGCCAACUCCUACGGGAGCUCCGUGCACCACCUUGUGUCAGGUUCUUAUACUAACAAGACACUCUUCCUCCUUGCCUUCGAUACCAUUGCUAAGACAUUGACUUUGAACUCUACUGUUCCAGGCUUUGGACUUCAUCAAUUUGUCACCAGCAAUGCUGCCAAGGACCGCGUCUAUGCCACCGCCAUGAGCGAGCCUCCUCAGCUGUUUUCGUGGUCGGUAGAUGAGAACUAUCAGUUUACCCACCUUGACACGGUCAAUAUCACGUCUUCAUCUUGCUACUUCUCGGACGAUGGCAACCUGGCUUUUUCUUCUGGUGGCUCAACUGCUGCUAUCCAUGCUCUCACCGAGAAUGGUGCUAUCGGCGAGCAGGUUCAAGAGCUCUACAUGGUACCAGAGGAAGAAAUUAAGAACGUGAACAAGACAAGAGCGGCCGUGAUAUCCAAGCUCUAUGGUGCUCAUGCCUUUGACAUCAAUGUCAAUAGAAAGGGUUUCGUUCCUCAUUUGGGCAUGAACUCCAUUUUCAUGUACGACAUUGCGGAAAACGGGACUGCUACGCCUCUGUCUAUCAACCUUAGUCCAACUGAGGGUGAUGGACCACGAAACUCUUAUUCUAGUAAAGAUGGAAAGCUCCUUUACGUGAGGGCGAGUGCCAUUCCUGAUGCUGUGCGAGGGGUCUAUACCUUCCGCAGCAACACAGUCCAGAUGUCCCGCGACGGCAAAUACCUCUUCACCAGUACUCGAAGCUGGAACAACACCGAAGCAAAUGGCUACGUCGCGGCAUUUGCCCUCAGCGAUGACGGACUUCUGAAGAGCGAGAAAGCCGUCGCCUUUUACGAGGCACCUGUCACUCUUGGCUCUGCUGGAGGUCUCCGAGUCGCUCCUUGGCAAGAUGAAACUAACAGUGAUCCCAAUGGCAUUACGGACUACAUGUAUCUCAGUGAUACGUCUGAGGGCUGGAUGUUUAUUCUUGGUUGGACCCCUUCGAAUCAUACUCUCGAUGUUGUGGCUUCGCUGCAUUAUCCUGAUAACAGCACGCCUUACGAAGCGACUUGGCUCGAUUAG